AUGGAAGAGUCCGAAUCUCCUCUCGUCACUGUCGCACUGGGAAUGAAAGGGGCUUGGAUAGUGAUCUUCGAGGACGGCUCACGUGUUUGGGAUCUUCGCCGCGCGUACCCCAGCCUUGCAUCGAACGGAAAACUGAGUAAUAGCGAGAAUCGAACCGUAUUCGUGGCUCUAAAUCCCUAUCAAGAGGAUAGCUACUUUCAUGUCGCAGAGGAUGGACAGUGCAGCUACAGCGCAAAUUUUAACGACGACGAGGAAGGACGCAAGCUGCACGAGAUGACUGAUUCUUAUAUACGAUUUCGAGCCAAGCGCGACAACUCAACGUUCACACACUCGAUGAAAUUGAACGGCGUCGACAAAGUGAUCAAAAUCACGCCGCAUUCUAGUCCAUCCGAAGGGAGAAUGGAGUCUAUCUUGUCCACAUUGCGUGCGAGGCAACACCAGGGUUUGAUACAGUAUCGCGACGUGUCGCUUAUAGGUGCCGUAGCAGGUGGCACAGGUGUUAUUGCGAAGAUUUCCGGAUCGCCGACUACGAAAGCUGCGGCUUACGCUGCCACUGCAGGGCUUGGAGCUGUUCUUGCGACUUUAUUCCAUCGGGCUGGAUUGUGA